AUAUCUUGAAAACGGUCGACUCAAAUAACACCUCGCACCCAGGAUGAAAAAUUCCCGGCUUGCUACAGCCAUAACAAGAAAGUGAAGUUUUACUCUCUGUAGAAAACUUUUGACAGAAAAAAAGAAGCAAAGGUGUUAUUCCGUUGAUACUGACAUGAACAGCGGGUAUCUCAUGUGAGGAAACCCAAUUUCAAAGCUGCCAAGCUCAUGUUUACAAACCGGUUACCGGAGGUUGAAAAGGGAGACCAGGGUACGAGGUAAACAACAUCCAAGAUGGCAGGCGGGUCACGAAACCGGGCCGGCAAACCGCCACCGAGAUUGCGCCCUCACCACGCAGAGAAACAGAGCCAUGGUAACGAGAGGAGAGAAGAGGAAGUGGUGACCGUCCAGUCUUGCUGGGCGCCAAGUUUCCACACGGCGUUCAAAGUCCUGCUGUCGGCGCGGUUCUGUGCAGCGUUGCUUAGCAACAUCUCCGACUGCGACGAGACUUACAACUACUGGGAACCUACCCACUACCUGAUGUACGGGAAGGGUUUCCAGACCUGGGAGUACUCUCCUGCGUACGGGCUGCGUUCCUACGCGUACGUCUGGCUCCACAUCCUGCCCGCGCUGUUCCACAGCCGGCUUCUCCGGGCCAACAAAGUCCUCAUCUUCUAUUUCAUCCGCUGUGUUCUCGGCUUCUUCUGUGCACUCGCCGAGGCGUACUUCUACAAGGGCAUCUGUAAGAAGUUUGGUGCCCAUGUAGGAAGGAUGACUCUAUGUUUCCUGCUCUUCAGCACAGGGAUGUUCAUCUCAGCCACAGCAUUCCUGCCGAGCUCCUUCUCCAUGAUCUGGACGAUGGUUGCCAUGGCAGCGUGGUGGACCCAUUACGAUGGGGUUGCCAUUUUCAGUAUAGCAGUGAGUGCGAUCGUGGGCUGGCCAUUUGCAGGGGCUCUGGGAAUCCCCAUUGCUAUAGACCUGGUGCUGAGAAGACAGCGAGUGGCUCUGUUCUGUCAGUGGGUCAUCAUCUCCCUGUGUCUCGUGCUGGUACCCCUAGUAAUGGUGGACACCCUGUACUACGGGAAGUUAGUCAUUGCUCCGCUCAACAUCGUUCUGUAUAACGUGUUCAGCGACCAUGGGCCGGAUAUAUACGGUGUUGAGCCGUGGACGUUCUACUUCUUGAAUGGUUUCCUGAACUUCAACGUUGUUUUCCUGAUGGGUCUGGUGGCCAUGCCACUGGGGCUGUUUGUUGACAACAUGCUGAAGCAGCGGUCGCCGGGAUACGUCCCCACCCACCAGCUGGUCUACACCCUUUCUCCGCUGUACAUCUGGGUCCUCAUCUUCUUCACAAGGCCUCACAAGGAGGAGAGGUUCUUGUUCCCGGUGUACCCACUGAUCUGCCUGUGUGCUGCCGUCACUCUGGCCUCCUUCCAGAAACUUUACCACUUCACACUGACGGAGAGAAAACGGCAGCACUACACGAUUGCAUCGAACUGGGUCGCUAUCGGGAUCUCCGUACUGUACGGGCUCCUCUGUGUCUCCAGGUCCGUCGCGCUGUUCCAGGGCUACCACGCCCCCUUGGACCUGUACCCGGAACUACAGCGUAUCGUCGAGGAUCCGACAGUGCACAGGAUGGACCCCAGUCGGGAGGUGAACCUGUGCAUCGGGAAGGAGUGGUACCGCUUCCCCAACAGCUUCUUCCUGCCAGAAAAUUGGCAGCUCCAGUUCAUCCAGUCGGAGUUCAGAGGUCAGCUGCCGAAAGCGUACGCGGCGGGCGAGGACGGGACAAAGGUCGUGCCCACACACAUGAACGAUAUGAACCUGGAGGAGACGUCCAGAUAUAUGGACGUGCGGAAGUGCCACUACCUGGUUGACCUUGACCUUGCCGGGGAGUUACCACGGGAACCGCGGUACUCCAGACUCACCAAGGACUGGACCGUCGUCGCUUCUCAGCCCUUCCUCGACUCUGCCAGAUCCCACCCGUUCUUCCGAGCGUUCUUCAUCCCGUUCCUAUCCAAGCACCACACGGAGUUCUCCGACUACAUCAUCCUGCAGAACAACAGGCUGCUGGGCAACAAGCGCAAGGCAGAGACCAGCCAACAGUAGAACACUGUAAAACACAAGUAGAACACACAGUAGAACACACAGUAGAACACAAGUAGCACACACAGUAGAACACAAGUAGAACAUACA